CGCCGUCGCAUCACGCGUGAAAAUCGGAUGAAAACAUGCUCCAGUCUGCCGUUAUCUUGUGCCAAUUUUCCAAACAAACGAAAGUUCGCUGUUUCGCGUUCGCUGAGUGAUUCCCUUCCGUGCGUGAAAUUUAAAAUAAUUAGCUACCUUCAAAGUCCUAAUACAUCGUUUAUGUUAGCUUUAUCCUCUUCUCCUUAUCUUAUCAACUACGCUAUCUUUAUCAGUGAUAAGAAGUGUUCUUUAAUAUCUUUAUCAGAUUCCAAUCGAUAAGAAUCACGUUCUGCCUUUCCAUCUUUAGUGUCGCGAGAUGCUCCAAAAUGCGUGUCCUCCUCAGAAUCCUUGAAUAAGUUUACAAUAAUUUUGUGAUCGUGCAGAUCGGUGCCAAUAUUUUAUUACGUGUUCCUUAAAAAAAUGCAUUUUCUGUGAAAUUCCCUCAACCCACCCCAACGUUACUAAAAAGUGCGCGUACGCGUAAUAGGAUUACCGUCAUGUUUCAUCAUAAUGUGCAUCUAAUGGAUUAAUAUCUGCUCAUCUUGAAGUUUCAUUCCAGAGGAACAAUGGCUAAUACGACGGGGGAGAGCAAGAUCCCGGUCUUCGUCUCGAAGCCGCUAGCGACAAAAUUCUCGACCCCGCUGACGAACCUGUCGAACCGGGUGCGGGCGCACCUCUCCGAACCGCCCAAACUGCCAGGUCCCGGGAUCCUGGGCCUCUUCGGCGCCACCAGCCCCAUCUCGCGGACGUGCAAGAAAACCCCUCGUAAGACCGCCGCCUCCAGCCCCUCGACCUCCUCCUCGCCGCGACCCUCCAAGCUCUUCAAACCCAAGCUGGACCUGAGUUCCGCCCCCAGCGAUGGCGCCAACCCGUCGGAAACCGGUUCCCCCCAACUAGAAUCCGGCCCGAGGGACCAAUGUCACGAUAAUGUCUCCACCAUCUCGACGCCCACGCCCGGCUCCACGACCUCCGGCAACGUCCCCGUCUGGGAAUGGACUCUCGGCUCCGCCCAUUCCUCAUCCGCCGGAUCUCUCUCCCAACUCCAAGUCCGAAGCGGUCUGAACACCCUCAACAUCAGCAAACACAGCUCUUGCGAACUGGACGAGAGCCUCGGGAUCCUAACCCCCGAUCAGAUGAACGACUUCACCGCUUCGAUCGAUAGUUCCCUGAACAGAGCCACCUCCUUGGAGGGCUUCCUUGUCGAGAAAGAACCCUCCCAGUCGGAAACGAUCUCGGACGUCAAGUACAACGACAACCUGGAAGACGCGCUCAGAGAGGACAACCUGAACGAGUCGCUCAACCUCCUGGACGGGCUCAAAGACUACACCUCCACUGCCUUCGACGACAACUUCUCGUGCAGUUCCAAUAAACUCGAGCUCGAGCGCUCCCCGUCCGUGGAAGACCUCCCGAUCGACUUCCCGAAACCCGCGGGCCCACCCGCCGUGAGCAUCAUCACAAGCGUGACGAGCAUAGCUAGUUUGGACGGUUACCAAGGUGACGGGGAGCUUUCCCGGCCGGCGAGUCGCGGGGCCGACCACUCGCCCUCCGCACACCAGCCCAUCGUCAAGCUCAAGAUCGUCGACCCGAUGACGGACUCGGACUUCUUUACAGAGUCCGACGCCGACGUCCACGAGGAACUCCAAGGGAUCGCCCGGGGCGACCGCCGCGCCCAGGUCAUCGACGGGACGCUGUACGGCGGCGUCCCCACGAGCCCCGCCAAGACCAAGUCCCGCAACUCGCACACGGAGGAGAUGGACUCCAGCGGGAUCUACUCGGACGUGGACAAGAUGGCGGCCAACGGGAACGACCAGUUGUCCACCCUCUCGGAUCUGAUCUUCCAGAAGGUGAGCGCGAUGCAGGUCAUGGCCGCCUCCUCGCAGCUGCAGAGCGUGCCGGAAACAGGGCUGGACACGACGCUUGAGCCGGAACCAGAAGCCGAGCCUAAGGAGGUGCAGGAGUUGAAUGAGAAGAACAAGGGGCUGAACUCCAAGCCGGUGAAGAACGUCAACGAGAAGAAGCACAAGAUGCCGAAACGGAACGUGACGUCGAAGAUCAAGGCGAUGCUGGAGGAGAAGCCCGGGAACGAGGAGAACCGGCAGCCGGCGACGUCGGUCUCUGGGAGGACCCCGGCGAAGAAGCCGGUGGGCAAGUGGGACGCGGUGAUGAGCAAGAUCGCGCAGAACAAGCAGGAGCAGGAGGAUAAGUUGAAGCCCUGCAGGUUGAAGGAGGUCAAGAGCAAGGUCUUCGCCGGGAUCAACCUGGCGCCGCCCAAGGAGAACCAGAGCGCCGCGGGAGAUACCAAAAGCGCCCGGAUGGCCAACAGUAACAGUCAGCGGAAAGGACAGCCCUUGCGGAACCUGACGAUAACCCAAUCGAACUCCACCAGAUCUCUCACUUCCACUAAAUCGAAAAGUCGAAGGUGUCGGAACCGCAGCUCGGAAUCCAAUCUGGAGAUUACCAUGAAAUCGGCCGACUCGAUAUCGCGCGGUAGCUCCCAUGAAAGUUCCUUGUCCGAAGCCAGCGAUUCCAUCUCCAAAACGACAUCACGAUCAUCGAAAAAAUCCGUCGAAGCAACGAGCAGUACCCUUGCGCCAACCAAAAAAAGCAGUCCAGCCAGUUCUCCCAACCAGAAGAAAAAUGUGGAACCGCGGAAAAAUCCUUUACGAGAUCAAAACCGAGUGGCGAACAACCUGGGCCCGAAUGUGAUCACCAGCCCGCCGAAGCCGGAGGCGGGGCACGGGGGCUCCCUGAGGCGGAAGGGGGCGCAGAAGUCGUCUGCCGCCCCUACCCCCACCCCCGCCACCAACAACAACAACAUCAACAACAACAAUAACAACAGCACGUGCAAGAAUAAUACGAAUGCAGCAACGCACCCGGCGGCCAAGGCGGUCGCGGCGCCUGCAAACGGGCUCGCCGCAACCAGUCGGGCUCAAGCCGAGCUGAAGCAUGCGGCCAAGGCUGUUGAAUCGCUCAGUGUCCUCCUACAGUAUUUAACAUCUGAUUUGGAUGCCUUUUCCACUCCUGCCCUGAGAAAAGAGCUCUCCAAGCUGAAAGAAGAAUGGCUGAAAACCAAACUCGAAUUAGAAGAAACUCAGGUGAGCUAUAGGCGGUUGCAAGAUGAUACUUCAUCUCAACAAUGUGAAAACGAAAGUGCAAUCAAGAAAUUGGCGGAGGAGAGUAAGGAAGAGUUGGAGCAGCUCCACAUUGAACAUGUCCAGCAAUUAGAACAGCUGAAAAGUGAACACAGGGAAGAAUUAGAAAGAUUGUCCAAAACUCAUGAAGAUCAAUUAAAUGAAUUAACAAGACGGCUCAAUGAACAGUCAACUGAAUUACGGACGCAGUUUACCAUUGAAAUAGACUGUCUUCACAAAAAGCAUGCGGAUGAGAAGGAAACAAUCUCCCGGCAGGCAAAAGAAGAGUUCAAUGCAUACAAGUUGGAAAGCGAGGCUCGCCUGAAGAAAGUGACAGAUGAAGCCAAAGAAAGAGAGAAGAUAUUAGGAGAGAGGUUGAAUGAGAUUGAACAACAGCAUGAUGCUUUGCGAGAGCAGUCACGGUCCAUUGUUGAUGGAAUGCAGAACGACAGAGACUCAAAAGUUCAGGUUACCAGCCAGUAUUGUCGCAAGUUACAAGAUGAAGUGGAUUCCCUCAGGACUGUUCUAGAUAUCCGGCACGCCGAAUUACAAGAGCUGCGCAAACAGAAUGAAUGCCUCCAAGCUGAAAUCAGCGAAAUGCCUUUGAUCAGGCAAAAAAUGGUAUCAGCCCAGGCCAGAGUGGAAGAUCUGAGCGCACAACUCCAGAGGAAAGCACUCUUUGAAAAGCAAUUGAGCGAGGAAAAUAGAAUGCUGAGUGAUUCAUUACACUGCGAGAGUGAAAAGAAACAGAAGCUGACUUACACUGUCGAGGAACUACAGUACAAAUUGAAGAAGACCCAGGAGGUUGCUUCUCAUCUGGCCAGUAUUAAAGAUUUAUCAGGUUUUGUGGAUGGUUCAGGCCUCCUCUCAGGCACUGCAGCUGCUUCAUCCACACCUUUAGAACCAAAGUCUAACAAACUAUGCCGCAAUUUGAACCGGGAAUACGAGUCAAAGGAGUUGAAAGGUCAACCCCAAGUAAUCUCUGCAGUGAAAAAACCAAACACUGGCUCAAGUGAUGAGCAGUCUGAACCAAAGUCACCAAAAGUCAUUAGCGUUGUUAAGAAAAGCGACUCGGUUUCUUGGGUCCUUGAGAUCGAUGACCCGUCAGAAGAUGUGAUGUCCAGGUUAGCGCGGAAACAGAGUGGGCGUGGAUUGUCGCAACCCAAUUCUAGUGUCAGCUCUCCUGUUCGACAAGACCAGGUCAAUCGCACCGAACCAAAGUCGCGCUUGCACUCUCAGUCUUCCAUGAGCAAGAAAGAUAAAAAACCAGCCUUGAGGCCUCGCUCCAUUUCUUUCAAUGGGGAGAAAGUGAGGUCAAAUUCUCCGAGUCCUAAAGGAGUAGGCAGUUCUCACAAUAAUACAAAUGCUUCAGAGGAACCAAAUUACAACUCACAGUAUGUAACUGCUUACAACUGGGAUGAAUUGCCUGGCAACGACUCGCCCAUUUGGGUCAAAAAUGUUUUUGCUAAUGGAGAUCAUUUCCCAGAAAGUUGCAAAUUUUUACCCUCAGAAAUGAGUGGUGUGUCAUCACUGAAAAUAAUGGAUCCUAAUGAGGUUGUCAAUUUUGACUCUGAUUUUGAGUUCUUUGAGAAGUCAGAGCAUUUUGAUAUUGUGGAUGCUGAAAAAUCUGAGAUCCCAACCACGGGGGGUGAAGAUUUUGCAUCACCUAAGUUUUCAGCGUCAAGUUUCACCUCGGAAAGUUCCAUCCAUAGCAAUUUAAGCGGAAGCCACUUUGAUGGUGAGAAUGGAGGCAUCAGCUUGGAGCAUGAGGAGUAUCUUUUAAUAAACUCGAAUUGUAAAAAUACAAAUAAGAUCACUUUAGUCAACAGGUUGUCGCCGGAGAAAAGAAAGGCAAACAGUAGCUAUGGUGAAACCUCUGAUGACGAUAUUAGUUCUUCCUCUAAGUAUGACAAUGAAACUGAUGAUGGGUCAUCCGGUAGUGACUUUCUAGAGAAAGACGGCAGCUAUAGUUCACAAGAUGACUAUCUCAGAGAGUUUUCGAGAAGUGACGAAGCUUCAGAAAAAGAAAAUAUUAGAAAUGAAGAGAUGGAGUCACACGAAGUAAGUGAAGCGUCUGGCCAAUCGAUGGAGUUGAAAAUAGAGAGCAGCGCAAGUGAGCCGGAUUCAACGGCUUGUGAAGUUGUGAAUUGUGAUAAUAAAUCUCUAAGUGAUUCUAAGAAGCAAAAAUCCCUUGAGGAUCUUGCAGCCAAGAGCAGUAUUAGAGAAAAACGUUCCAUCUCGUUCGACACAGGUAGGCAAACAAACGCCGGCGAUUAUCCAAGCUUCAUUACGCUUGAGAAAAUCUCCUUUAUCAAUAAGUCACUCGAAAGUAGUGGCAUGAGUCAUUCCAAAAGUUUCCCAGACUGUGAUGAGCGGAAAAGCGCUCCAUACACCAAUGGGAUCGAAAGUAGAGGCAACGUGAAGCUUCAGCACAACUCUCGGACAAACAUCGAGAAUAUCCCUCUGUCAGUUGACAGUUGAACCAAGUAAGUUUCAACUCACUCGUGUGCCAACCUCUCUGAAAUUGUGCAUAAAUAGCACUGAGGAGAUUUCAUUCAUUUCAAAUAAUUUAUUUCGCCAAUCCACAAUUCAAUUAUAAUUUUCUCGAGAGUACCACUUAUGCCUCUCAUUUACUUUAUUGUGAAUUAACUUAAAAAUGUCCUCUCGAGAUUCAUGCUGAUAGUUAUGUUGUAAAUUUCUUUAUACCCGGGUAACUUUAAGUCCAAAUCAAAAUUUAUCCUUCAUUGUAAAUAGCGGUAACCAUCAGUUUUAAACAAAGACAUAUGAAGAGUUGUACAAAUUUUAUGUUGUGGGAUUUGGGGGUUUUAUUUUAGUAUCUUGCUGACUAUGCAGCAGGCUUAUUGUUAUUGUCUUUGUUUGACGUUUGUAUAAAUGUGUCCAAGUGUAUUAUUUUUAGAACACUGUAGGUAUUUCAAAAUUCUCUAAGAGCAAGCUCAGUUAUAAAAUCAGUUCAACUCUCUCGCUUUAUCCUUAAUGUAUUAUAACUGAUACUGAUUUCAAGUUCUUUUCAAAGUAUCCUAAGUAAAUAAGAGCAGAGCUCUCGAAAGAUAAAGGCAAUUUUUUUUUAUAAAGUGAGAGAGUCAUUUUAUCAGUCAAAUAGUUUGAAACCUGUUCGCAAUACUUGUUUUUUUUACCUUUCUGACCCUGCUGUCCAUCAUGGACUCCUCUUUUAAUCAUAAGUUUUAACAUUUUUACCAUGAUUAAGCACAAUUUUUCAACUUAAUUUUGUUGCUUUAUCUGUCCGCUCCACUACAAAAUCCAGAUGAUUUAUCGAACAAGCUUCUCAGAUUGCUUAGCACCUGGUGAUUUUUGUCGCUUGGUAAUAACAUCUUAGAUAGUAAUUUUCAACGCCCUAUUCUUUGACUCUUGAUAUCAUCUUAUGAACUUCUACACUUUUGGCGCAAAUUCUAAUUCCGCUUUUCCUGAAACCACAGAAUAGUCAAGAUAAAAUGGACCUCAAGACAAGGUAUGAAUUGAAGCACCAUGUUCCAUGUUCUCUCUUCAAAUUCUACAAGAAAAAGGAAUCAUGGGACGAGAAGUUUGAAAAUCAACUUCUGAAAAAAGAUACAAGUGUUCACAAUUAUCACUGGAUAAAUGAUAGAAAUACAAAAUGAUGUCAUUCGUAUAUUCUUACUUCCAUCCGAUCUAUUUUUAAAUAUCUUGUUCUGUAGUUGAUUUCCAAACUCCCUGCUGUGUGAAUUGCUCGUUGGAUUUUGAAGAGAAAACAUGUGACUUUUUUUAGUGCGGACCUUCCCCAAUGGUCCAUUGCAUUUUUUUUGCAUCGACUUUAUCUGUAACUGUAUGAUAAUGCCAUCGAUUCUGUACGCCAUUGACUAGAAGACAUGCUCUUACCUUCUGCAAUAUGACAUUUAGAAGUAAUAUUGCCGAGUAAGCGAAGUACUGCUCAGAGUCAAUAAGAAUGGUGAGAUGCAAGAACAAAGCAACACGAGGGAUUGAAUUUUCCUUGAAAAUCUGUCUGAAGUUUCUUCUCGAGUCAAAUUAAAUAACUGUUCUAGUAAGUACUUAUAUUUUUGUACAUUUUUAUAACUCUAAAGUGAAGUAUAUUGUUGCAUUUUUCAGUCCAAAUUUUUUGUUGAAAACUUUCUAGUCCCUCUUACUUUAGUUACAUCUUGUAGCGGUAAUUCGAAAUAAUCAUAAGCUUCCCUGCAUUUGACUUCUCUUAUUGGUUCCUCUAGAAAAUUUCAAUCGAGCAGGUCUCGUAAUUCGUAUUCUAUAGACUUGAGCUUUGUCUCUCGAUUCUUGAAAAGCACAGUCACUCCCCAGCAUUUCUUUGCCACCAAAUUAGCGCAUUUUUGCUUUUCAGAUUGAUAGCUCUUGCAUUUUCGGAUUUGCAUUUGGUCUUGACUGUUCGUAGUCCGUUGAUUGCCAAUUUGAAAUGGGAGGAAAAUCUAACUGUGUCCUUGCAAACUUUUCAAUUUUUCUGGGAUUGGAUUAUGGGUCUCAAUUUUACAUUCUGACUCAGGUUCAGUCGGUCAUUUUCUAAACACACAAUGAUUAUAAUAUUCAGCAAAAUCAAGUGAAGUAUUAAACUAAGAAUGAAUUAUUGUACCUAGCUUUGAAAAAGUGAUUUCUUGAUUAUUACACUUUAUUUGUACAUUUCUGGACCAUAUUUUCAACUUCUUAAUCAAUAAGUAUUUUUGUCAAGUUAGCAGUCGUAAUGUCCUUGUUAUUUUCAUGUUCGAACAUUCGGUUCAGCAAUUUGAAUGUUUAAGCUGUUUAUUUAUAGAUAACUAUGUAUUAGAGUAGUUGCACUGUUCUCAUCUUUGUUUGAUAUAAUUUUAUUUCGUCAAAUAAACUUUCCGAAAACUUCUCAA